AUGAACGUCGCAGACUCUGCUGAGAUCGGCGCUGUCGUCGCUGCGCAGACCGAUGUCCCCGAUUCCAAUAUCGAGAAGAAGCCUCUCAGCAAAUCUCCUAGCAUUGAGGAGCUUCCCGCCACGAAGAACGAAUAUCAUGUGACCGAGGAAAAUGAAGUCCUUCACAAGCUCCAUCCUACCAAGGAGGAGAUGCAAACCCUUCGCCGUGUUGCUGGUCCUUUGAACUGGAUCUCGUUUAGUGUAGCAUUUGUGGAAUUAUGCGAGAGAUUCUCUUAUUAUGGAACCACAGCUGUUUUCGUCAACUUUAUUCAGCACCCCCUUCCGCCCGGUUCCUCUACUGGCGCUCUCGUCAACGGCGAAUCCAAUAUUCCUGGUGCCUUGGGCAUGGGCCAGCGCGCGUCUACCGGUCUGACUUUGUUCAAUUCGUUCUGGUCGUACAUCAUGCCGCUUGCCGGUGCCUUCAUGGCUGAUCAAUACUGGGGUCGUUUCCGUACCAUUAUGUUCUCCAUCGCUGCCGCACUAGUUGGUCACUUGAUUCUCAUCAUAUCCGCUCUGCCUCCCGUCAUUAGCAACCCCAAUGGUGCUAUUGGCUGUUUUUCAAUCGGCCUCAUCAUCAUGGGUAUCGGAACUGGUGGUUUCAAGUCCAACAUUUCUGCCCUGAUCGCGGAGCAGUACCCAGACGAUGCACCGAUCAUCAAGACACUGCCGUCUGGUGAACGCGUCAUUGUGGACCCUGCUGCUACGGUCGCCCGUGUUUAUCUCUACUUUUACCUGAUGAUCAACAUCGGUGCCUUGACUGGUCAGAUUAGCAUGGUUUACGCUGAGCGUGAGAUUGGUUUCUGGUUGUCCUACCUUCUUCCCACAAUCAUGUUCCUCUUCUGCCCCCUUGUCCUCUUUUUCUGCAAGAGACACUAUACUCUGGUGCCUCCCACCGGCUCAGUGUACACCCAGGCUUACCGUCUGAUCCGCGAGGCUUGCCGGAAGCACUGGACCCUCUCCACCGUCAAGGUGGCCGGCAUUCCCUUCAAGUCGUACAAGAAAACCGGGACCGAUUUCUGGGGCGCUGUCAAGCCUAGCACCUAUGGAUCUGACCGUCCCAACUGGAUGGUCUUUGACGACGAAUGGGUUGACGAGGUCGCCCGUGGACUCAAGGCGUGCAGGGUGUUCUUGUGGUAUCCCUUGUUCUGGCUUGCCUACAACCAAAUGCUCAACAACCUGACCUCCCAGGCCGCUACCAUGCGCUUAGGUGGUGUUCCCAACGAUAUCAUUAACAACCUGAACCCCUUCGCCUUGAUCAUCUUCAUCCCCAUCUUCGACCAUGUGCUCUUCCCGUUCCUGCGCCGCAUGGGUAUCAACUUCACUCCACUCAAGCGUAUCACAGCCGGCUUCUUCUGUGCUGGUACAUCCAUGAUCGCCGCAACUGUUACCCAGCACUACAUCUACAAGCUCAGCGACUGUGGCAAGCACGCCAAUGACUGCCUCGCGGACGGCAAGCAUUCCAACAUCACCGUCUGGGUGCAGGCCAUCACUUAUAUUUUGGGUGGUAUUUCCGAGAUCCUGGCCUCGGUCACUUCCCUCGAGUAUGCCUUCACCAAGGCGCCCAAGAACAUGCGUUCGCUCGUGCAGGCCGUCGCGCUCUUCAUGAACGCCUUCUCCUCGGCCAUUGGUCAGGCCUUUGUCGGUCUCUCUGAGGACCCUUUACUUGAGUGGAACUACGCUGUGGUCGCUAUCCUGGCCUUCGUUGGAGGAGCUGGGUUCUGGGCAACGAAUUAUAAGCUUGAUAGACAGGAGGACGAGCUCAACACCCUCGUACAGUCACGCUAUGAGGGUACAGGACUGAAGGGAGAUGAGGAGGCCCGGGCUUGA